AUGUUUCCAUUAUUGAGAUUUUCUCCAACUGGUCAACAUUUGCUUAUUCAAACAAGACGUUCAUCAUGGAAUACUAGUUCUUAUGAGAAUACUUUGUGGCUCUAUGAUAUACAAAAUCAAACAAAAAAAUUAAUUACAACAAAUCUUCAUAAAUCACUCAAACCACAAUGGUCACCAAGCGGUAAUUACAUUGCAUUAUUACCAAAAAAUCAUUCAUCGGUAAAUACGACUGAUGAUACUCAAAAUAAGCAACAAUCAGAACAAUAUAUAUAUUUAUAUUCUCUCAUAUCAGAUGAACUAUUACCUAUUCAAAUUGGAAAUGAUAGUCUUCUAACUUUUACAUGGUCUAACAAUGAUUCAUCUCUUUACUUAGCUACUAUUAAUUUGCAGUCAAUAGCUGAAGAGAAUGAUUUGUAUAAAGAUGAAUGGAAAGAUGCUGUUCAAUAUCGACAAAGUAUAAUGCGUAAAGGUAGCACAAUCUAUCGUAUUGAUCUCAAUUCAAAUAAUCUCUUAUUACCUGUGGAAAGAAACAUCAUACGAAAUGUAUCCUUUCUCAUCAGUCAAUUAUUAUAUGUUUCAUUUGAAGAAAAACUCAUCCUGUCAUCUGCAUCUACACUAAUCGAAAAUUUAGAUGAUUUUGAACUAUAUGCAAUUGAUCUUCGAAAUACAUCAGCAUUAUCAAAAUUAACAAAUAAUGAAGCACUCGAAAUGGAAUUACAUUUGUCGGCCGAUGGUCGACAUUUACUAUUCCGAACGAUUAGUCUCAGUUCGAAUAGAGGAAAAUUUAACGAUACACAAUAUCGUCUUUAUUCUUUAAAUUUAAUGAACGGACAAAUAACACGUUUAGGAGAAAAAUUUCGUGGUAGUAUUUUUGGAUACACACCCAAGUCUAAUUCUAGUGUUUAUAUACUUGGACAAUUAGGAACAGAAGUACAAAUUUAUACACAACAAUCACCAACAGAAGAUUUAAUUUAUCAUAAUGGAUGGAAUGGAACAUACGAAUCGAUUGUGUCAUCACCUAAUAAUGGAUCAAUUGUAUUUGUUUAUUCAUCAUUCGAAAAACCAAUGGAAAUUUAUUUGAUUAACAAUAUUGAUCAAUUGAAAUCAGCACAAGCAAUAACCAAUGAAAAUGACUUAUUUACUCAAAGAAAUCUACCGAAAACAAAAGUGUACACUUGGAUAAAUAAAGAUGAUCAUCAAGUGAUUGAAGGAAUACUUCAUUAUCCACCUGGCAAUUUUGAAUCUAAAAAUCUAUCUCUUUUAGUUCUUAUUCAUGGUGGUCCCUAUUGGGCUAGUCUAAAUAUACUUCACCUAGCUUGGUAUGAUUGGGCUACAUUAGCAGCUUCAGAAGGUUGGUUGGUAUUAGAACCUAACUAUCGAGGAUCAACAGGCUAUGGUGAUCAAUUUAUCAAUGAAGUUCGUUAUAGGCCUUUAUCUCGACCAGGAAAAGAUAUUCUUUAUGGGAUUGAUCAAUUGAUUAAAGAUGGCAUUGUUAAUCCACAAAGACUUGCUAUCGGUGGUUAUAGUUAUGGUGGUUUUUUAACAAAUUGGUUGAUUACACAGACUAAACGUUUUAAUGCUGCUCUAUCUGGUGCUGGCCUUGUUGAUCAUACUUCAGGAUGGGGUAUGAUGGAUCUACCUAUACUACUUAGCUACUUGCUUGGAGGAUUUCCAUGGGAAGUACCACAUACUUAUCAAAAUGAAGCACCUAUUUAUUAUUUAGAUAAAGUACGUACGCCUACACAUAUUGUUACUGGCGAAGAUGAUAAUCGAGUUCCUGCAAGUCAAAGCUAUAUAUUAGAACGAGGUCUUCAUUAUCUUGGUAUACCAGUACAAUUAAUUACUUUUCCAAAGGAAGGACACUCAUUGAAUAAUAAUCCUUGGUAUGGAAAAGUAAAAGUUCGAGAAGAGUUUAAAUGGUUACAAAAAUAUGGUAAUCGAUCAGUAAACUACAAUGAAUUAUCUAGUGACAGUGAGAAAUCGAAAUUAUCUUAUGCUUUACAAUUCUAUAUAGUCUUAUUUUCGAUUGUAGUAAUAAAUAAUAAAUAA